AGCCGAAGCCCGUUCUUGCUUCGACGUCUGUUCUCCAGACACCUCAUUGGACGAUCUUUCUUCGUCUACGCAUCCUCAGUUGCACAUCAGUUGCAACUCAGUCUCUACAAGGGCAAGCCUUUGUCACUAGUUCCAUAGUCGCGGUUUAUACCUCUCUUGUCAUUGCCUAGCAAACACUCGAGUACCUGUUCCGCUUGCCUCAAUCUAGACCGCAAUCAUCUCUCCCCUCAUCAAGCGCUCCCACGCCCACACAUACACGAAGUAUGAGCAGUUCCAACGACGGCUCAUCUCAAAAGCAGCAAGCAGCAUCCCCGGCAGCGCAAUCUCCAGCCGCUUCAGCAUCCGGCAAGGCCUCGUCAGGUGUUGCCACCCCCCCAGCUUUCAACUACGCAGCAGCUGCAAAGUCCAAGCAGCAGGCUGCGAACAAUGGAGCAUCUACCUCUCCCCCCGCUCCAGGGUCAGCUGCAGCGGUGAAUGGCAGUGGCAAGGCGGCUUCCAGUACUACGCCCGCCAGCUCGAGUAAUCUGAACCCUGCCUCCACAGGCGCUCCCAACGGCGUCGAUGGAGCGGCAGGCAGGAGGCAGACUGCCGUCAGUAUGCCCAAAGCUGCUCCAGGUGGUGCGAGACAAGGGCCAGGUGGCAUCAACUUCGGAUCAGUCCACGAUUCCAGUGCAGCCCUCUCUUCCUCUCCCGCUGUGCACCCAACCUCCGGCGAGCAUCUCCAAGGCGACAAGCCUGCUCUUUUCGGGUCAGUGGAAGCUGCUAAGGACUCCUCGAGCGAGUCAAAGCAAAAGGUCGUUGGUUUUGCAGGCAAAGAGUCGACUCCUCGUCCACCGAUGGAUUUCCAGAAGCUCUUCCAAGGAGGCGGCAACAAGGCUGGCGCUCCUAAGCAACCAGUUGCUGCCGCACCGGUAGCGCAGGAGCAGUCUACAUCUUCAGGGCCAACCCCAGCUUCGACUGCAGCUUCGACUGAGCCGAGUGUCGACGCCUCUCCAGCGUCUCGUGGCUUGUCCGCUCCUGCUGCCAACCCUACUUCUACUCCCAGCGCCAGAUCGCCUGGCAUCGCCAAUGCCACUCCCACUUCUCAGCAUGCAGGAGCUAGGCCUUUUGAGCCCCAGCAAUCGCCUUCUCCAUACAACCACCAGCUGAGAGCACCGGCAUCUGGAGGUCUGCCCCAAUUCCAUCCUCAGCAACAGCAGCACGGAGGUCCGCCCCAGUACCAGCAGCAGCAGCACCGUUCGCCUCACAUCGGAGGUUACACUCCAGGCAUGCAGCAGAUGAUGGGUGCCGGUCAAAACCAAUGGCAGCCACAGGGUCAGCACCAGAUGUACUACCCUCACAUGUCCGCAUAUGGCUACCACCAGCAGUACAACGGCGCUCCUGGUCACCAUUGGAACCAGCAGCAGCAGCAGCCGGAUAUGUCGCCGCGUGUGCCUGCUUCGCCCAUGGCUCCUCCUCCCUCCUCGGCGUCGCUCGCACCAUCGACUCCCGCGAACAUGUCAUCUCCCGCAUCUAGCAGAGCCCACGCUGUUCCCUACUCUCCAUCGACCAUGCCAAGCAGUGUCAGCUCUCCUCAGCCUCAUGCAAACCAUCUAGGCAUGGGUUACCCUCAAGGUGCUCGCGCUCCGCCUUUCGUGCACAGUGGCGCUGGUGGCUACGGAAACCACGCCCACACUCCAUCGGGUUCGUUCGGGUCCGGCCCCGGCGCAAACCCAAUGAUGAGCCCAGCUGCUCGUCAAUUCGAACCUAACAAGCGAGCCAGCAGUGCUAUCCGCAUUGUGAAUCCUGAGACGAAGGCUGCCAUUGACAUCAAGUCUCCGGCACCAGCAGCUCCCAAGACGAGCGUCACACCGACUGCGACUAGCACAUCCUCUCCUGCUCUAGCUCCAGCUACCGCUGCUGCAGUCCCAGCCCCCGCCACACCUACGAACAGGCCGACCCUGCCGGUCCGCACUGAUUCGCCAGCUACUCAAACGAAGGCGCCCAGAACUGAGGCCAAGAACAUCGAGACAGUCGAAGGCUUCCAGGCCAGGGUCAGGGCUCUUGCUGACAAAAACAAGCAGGACAGAGCCGCAGCCGCCGCUGCCAAGGAGCGUGAAGCUGCCGACGAGGAGGCGAAGAAGGCGGCCGCUGUGGCAGAAGAAGAGCGCCAGAAGAAGGUCGCCGCUGAUGCUGAGGCAGCCAAGAAGCGCGAGGAGGAAGAGGUUGCGGCUCGCAAAGCUGCUGAAGCAGAAGCCGCCUCUCGCAAAGAAGCAGAGGAGAAGGAGCGCGCUGCCAAGGAGGAAGCAGAGAAGAAGCAGAAGGAAGCUCGGGACGCCGCCGAGGCGCAAGAAAAGGCUGCCCGCGAAAAGGCUGCCGCUGAGACUGCUGCUGCAGAGGAGAAGACCGCCAAAGAGCAAGCUGCCCGCAAAGAGGCGGAGAUUGCGGCCGACAAGACUGCCGAGAAAGAGGCUGCUGCUGCUGCUCCUGCAUCUGCCAACAAGGACCUUCUCACCGAGGAAGCCAAGCUCGAUGCACAGGAAGCUGCCACUACCGGAGAGAAGAGCGGCGAAGAGGCCGGCAAGGACUCUGUCGCUGCCCUCGCCACCGCUAGGUCUGUCGCCGACAUCGAGCGCAUGGCUCGUGAAGUUUCCUCAGUGCCUUCGACACCACUUGAGGGCAGUUCAUCGCGUACCUCGAUGUUCCCUCCUGUACCUCGGACUCCCGGCACCCCUGGUUUCGCCAACUUGCCCGCAAAGCCAAUGGCCUCGAUGUCAAAUGCUGCCAACAACAGCGGCAGCAUCGUCCUGGACAGCGCUCAGCUGGAGAAGCGCAAGCGGCCCCAGCAGCUUGACACAGCAGCUGCCCAACGUAGCGGUGAAGGUCCCAGCUCGAGUGAUCCUCCCAUCUCUGCCGCUUCAGCUACCCUUGGGUCAGCUCGACCCAUUGAAGAUCUGAGCAAGGUCACAUACCCCGGAAAGGUCCAGUCGCCUCGCAAGGAGCUCAAUGAAGCUGCUGCUCCGGGCAAGUUCAGGUAUGACCGAGAGUUCUUGCUGCAAUUCAUGAACGUCUGGUCUGAGAAGCCUCAAGAUAUGCCACCCCUCGCCUCCAUUGGUAUGGAGCAGGGACAACCUGGUGCUGGAAGGGCUUCGACGAGCGGUCGCCGAGCUUCUGGUAUGGGCUCUGCCGCAGCCGGAGGUGGACGUGGUGCAGCCGGACUUGGACUUGGACUCGGUGCUCCGGGCGCUUCAGCAUUCGGACGACCCGUCGCAGGUGGUGCCAUGGGUACAUUCUCCCACCCGGCCAAGACAAGCGAGGAACGAUUUGCUCAGUCGACCUCUGGCCUGCGAGGCGCUCCCAGCAGUGCCUUCGCCAGCUCGGGACCAAUGGGCUCUUUCAACGCUGGCAGCCGGACACAGCCUCUGUCUCGCGGUGGAAGCGGUUCUGCCGGUGCCCUGCCGUCGAGGGAGAUGAUGGGAACUGGAGCUCCUGCUGGUAGCCGUACACAAUCGCGACGUGGACGGACUCGCGAGCCUGGUCAAAGCCGAGGAGAGAGGGUCAACCCACCUGAGAGAGGUGGACCUACGAUUCCUAUGGAUCAGGUCGCUCCUCUCGCAAACUCCGAGUCGAGAUGGCAGGCCGGCACUGGCAGCAAGUUGACCAAUGACUCGCCAGAGCUGAUUCAGCGUAAGGUGAAGGCUUUGCUGAACAAGCUUACCGUCGAAAAGUUUGUCAGCAUUUCGGAUCAGGUUCUGGACUGGGCCAAUAAGUCCGUCGACGAGACAGACGGCCGGACAUUACGACAGGUCAUCGCUCUCAUCUUCGAGAAGGCGACUGACGAAGCAGCGUGGUCAGAGAUGUACGCACAGUUGUGCCGAAAGCUCAUGGAGAAGCUGAGCCCCGAGGUUACAGAUGAGAGCCUGAAAGGCUCAGACGGCAAGCUCGUCGUCGGAGGCGCUCUCUUCCGGAAGUACCUGCUCAACCGUUGUCAAGAGGACUUCGAGCGAGGAUGGGCUCACCGUGAUGCCAUGGUAGACGCUGCCAAGAGCAAAGAGGCCGAGGACAAGGCCAAGAAGGACAGCAAUGAGAAGACCGAGGCUGAAGCCAAAGAAGCCGCUGAGCGUGGCGAGAAGACGGAGGAGAAGGAGGCGGAGCUUCUCUCCGAAGAGUACUACAUUGCUCAGAAGGCCAAGCGAAGGGGUCUCGGUCUCGUGCGCUUCAUUGGUGAGCUGUACAAGCUUCAGAUGCUUACAGAGAAAAUCAUGCACAUCUGUAUCGUCAAGCUCCUCUCCAACACUGCUGAUCCGGAAGAGGAGGAGAUUGAGUCGCUCUGCAAGCUGCUCACCACCAUUGGUCGACAGCUUGACAACGAGAAGGCUCGCAGCCAUCUCAACAUCUACUUCCAGAGGAUGAAGGACAUGACUCAAUCGGAGAACGUCAAUUCGAGGAUGAAGUUCAUGCUCAUGGAUGUCAUCGAGAUGCGAGCAAACGGCUGGAAGGGCAAGCAGGAGAGUGCCGGACCCAAGUCCAUUGCGCAGAUCCACGAGGACGCCGCCAAGCAGAAGCAACAAGCUGAGCUCGACAUGGCCAACCGUGCGCGUGGAGCUGGUCCGCCAUCCCGUGGCGGAUCACGGAGAGGUCAGCAACGUGGCGACAUGCCCGGAGGCCAGAUCGGACCCGAUGGCUGGCAGACAAUGGGUAGUGCACCGCCGCCUCGUCCUGCCCGUGCUGGUGACUUGGCUGCUUUCGGCAAGAUUGAGCGAGGUGGUUCGGGUCGACCCUUGUCAUUGGGCCCUGGACCAAACAGCGUCUUUGCAAAGAAGCAGCAGAAGUCUUCGGAAGAUGGCAGCAAGCCGCCGUCAAGGACCAACUCCUCUGCGAACAUGUUUGAGAUGCUCAACCAAGCGGAAUCGUCGGAGCAGGCAGGUGCUGCCGGUGCUGCUGGUGCAGCCGCUGGAGGUGAGGAGCCUCAACGGCCCAAGCUCAACUUGGCUCCACGCACUAAGCCUAUGCCCGUCGAGGGCGGAGAAGAGAAGGAGGCUGGUGAAGCCGAGGAAGAUCGAGAAGAGGAAGGCGACGCUGUGCAAAUGUCAGAUGACGAUGCCAAGCGCAAGAUCGGCGAGGACGUCAAGGAGUUCCUGGAGAUUCGGAACGUCGACGAGGGAGCCCUUGCUAUGGAAUCUCUACCUACCUCGCAUCGCGCUGCCUUUGUGGGCAAGCUGGUUUCGACUGCUCUAGACAAGAAGGUGGAUCUGGUGCGCGUAGUGGGAGAGCUCUUGGCCAAGAUUCGAACCUCGCAACUGAUGGACGAGGCUGCUCUGGAAGAGGGCUUCACAUUAGCCGGCAUUGCGGACUUGGACGACAUGAGCAUCGAUGUGCCGCAGGUGUACAACCUCAUGGCCAUCCUCCUGGUGGAUUCUGGUCUACCAGAGGCCUCGCUGAGCAAGCUGGCCGAAUCGAUUGUGGGCGAAGGUAUCAAGACACCAAAGGACAAGCUGCUGGAGAAGGUACAAGCCGAAAGGGAAUCGAGGACCUCGUAGACGAGAGGGUGAUGGACAAUCUGAGUGACAAGUGGAGGAUGCUUUCUGGCCCAUCGAGGCAUCGCUACUGGCAUGCUCUCAAGACACCUUUUCAGGUAG